AUGAACAAUAUCCGAGUGACCAUCGAAAAUCCUAGAGACGAGGUACUUCUCAGAGCUCGAAUCGCUCAGUUGGAAGAGAAGGUGAGGCAGGAGAGAGAGAGAGGGGAGAAGGUCAAGAUGGAGGGAAGAGCAAAAACAGAAGACACCGGAGAGCUGAAAUGA